AGUUGGAACACGCACGUAGACUUAGUCCCGCGAGGUAUAUAAAUAGGACAUGUUUAGCUGCAAUUAAUUUAAAAACAUCUCGCGUGGAAGAGAUGAACAACCAAGAGUACUUAAUAAUCAAAUUAGUGACUUAAAUACAUAAUUCAAGAUGAUUGAAGGGUACGGGGCAGUGACCCAGGCCCUUCUGGGGACUCUCUUGACGUGGGGACUUACAGCAGCCGGCGCUUCUUUAGUAUUUUUUGUACGAGGAAAACAGAGAAAACUUCUUGAUGUUUCACUUGGUUUUGCCGCUGGUGUUAUGACUGCGGCAUCAUACUGGUCACUCUUGGACCCAGCAAUAACACUUUGUGAGAAACAAGGGAUAUAUGGCAAAUAUUCUUUCCUGCCUGUUGCUGCGGGGUUCCUGCUUGGAGCUGUAUUUGUAUUUGGAACGGAUGUAUUCUUAGACUAUUUGGGACUCAAUUCAACCAACAUGAUGAUGUCCAUAACAAAAACUAAAGAGGGCAAAGAGAAAAUAGAAGACUUGGAAAUGAUGACGGCGCUGAACCGGCCGCCGGUGCCAACGAGCGUGGUCACGCUAGACCCGGUGCAGCCGACCGACUUCGCGGACUGCAUCAACAGCCAGCACUCGGCGCAGCGCCGGCGGCACCACCACUCGCAGCACUCGCUCUCGAAACCCACAGAGAACGGCGAGGGUGACCGCCGCGACAGCCUCCAGCGGUCGCUGGAAGCGCGGCAGUCGCAGUGGAAACGCAUCAUGUUGCUGGUGGUCGCCAUCACCGUGCACAACAUUCCUGAAGGCCUCGCCGUCGGCGUGUCCUUCGGCGCGGCGGCGGCCAGCGAUGACGUCGCCAACUCCUUCCAUGUCGCCAGGACACUAGCCCUGGGCAUCGGCAUCCAGAACUUUCCAGAGGGCUUGGCGGUUAGUUUGCCGCUUCAAGCCGCGGGAUUCUCCACUUGGAGGGCGUUUUGGUAUGGCCAGUUGUCCGGCAUGGUGGAGCCAGUGUUCGGCGUGCUGGGCGCGGUGGCGGUGGCGGCGGCAGAGCCCGCGCUGCCCUACGCGCUGGCCUUCGCCGCCGGCGCGAUGAUAUACGUCGUCGCUGACGACAUCAUCCCCGAAGCCAAUGCCUCAGGCAACGGCAAGCUGGCAACCUGGGGCUGCAUCGCCGGCUUCAUGGUGAUGAUGUGCCUGGACGUGGGGCUCGGCUAACGGCCCGCGGCUUCCCUUCGUGUCUUCUCACCGCGACCACGGCUCCCGGAUAACAGUCACUGUAGAGCGCAAGACAAACUGAAAACUGAGGAGUUAUAAAAGUAUGGAAAGAAGUCUAAUAUGAAGUAAUUAUGGAACCAUAGGUAACUAUUUUCUAAUGGUAGCUGCACUACUGGUACUGAACGCGUCGCUGUCAUUGUCAAUUUCCAUAGUAAACUUGACAGUAUUGCAGCUGUCGUUGGAAAUGGAAUGUUACCCUAAUAUUUAAUGUUGGUGAUGUACUGAAAUAGUAUACGAUUAUUUCCGUACAAUUUGAUAACUCGAGAUAAUUUAUUGAAGAAAUUUAAACUUAAAAUAAAAUUACGUAAAGUUCAAGUUUCUUCAAUUUUUCUCGCCAUUUAUCAACUUCUUCCCGGCGUGUACGGAUUUAUUUUUUGGUCUAUCUUGCGCUCUGUAAUUGCAACUGCAGAUGCCCCAAUUUGUGCACCAAAUAAAUUGGGCCCGAGUUGGUCCAUAUGACCGGGCCUUGCAUUGUUAAAAAAUUAGUUCAAUGUUAGUGAUAUUUUUUCUAUGGUAUUUAAGUAUCCUGUGCUCAUUUUCUUACAAAAAACUACUAUAGUUGUCUGUCGCUUAUGUUCUCACCUUCGAAACUACUUUCUCAGGAACUAAUAUCAAUUAUGGCCGACUGUGUCCAUUUAAUAUGUAUUAGCUUAAAUUAACUGAAUAAGUAUAAAGUAAAUAUGAAUGUCCUUAAAUCCUUAAAACAAUUUUAGAACAUUUAUGUUAUUGUAAUAUUGACUAAAUUCCAAAUAAAAAGCCCAAAAUGUAGUUCAGUAAAAUAUUAAAUACACCUAAUAAUUAUUGUAUAGUCAAUUUGUCGGCACUGGACAAUAACUGUCUGACAAACAUGAUGAUGAUGAAAUAUGCACAUUUAAUUAAAACGCAUCAUCUAAUCUUAUUAAAUUACUUAAAGUAUUCAAAGUUGCCAUUGUCAACUAUUUAUUACGUGUAUGUAGUUUUUUUCGGUUAAAGAAAUACCUAAUAACUGCAAUAAUACGAUAUUCCUUGUAAAUAUGUACGAUAUAAUAAUGUUAACUAAUUAAGGUACGGCCAAUAAUUGAUAUCAAUUAAUAAAUGUAAAUUUAAGAAUGCAUUUA